CUGCCGCGCGCCCAGAUCGACAACGGCUUGAAGCACUUUCUGGCCCAGCACCCGGGCGAGUUCUCGGUGGACGGCGCCAAGGGCUGCGAGCACGUCACCUACUCGCCGCCGUGCUGGCGGCCCAGAGACGCGCCGCGCCCCCGCGAGCCGCUGGGCGUGCCCCUGCAGCUCAGCGAGGUGCUGUCGUUCUCCCCGGCCCCGCCGCCGCCGGCCCCGACCACCGCGGAGCUGCCGUGGGAGCCCGCGCCGCCCUGCAGCCCACCGCCGCCGGGGAGCCCGCCGCCGAAGCCGGCCAGCCGAUUCCAGGCGGCGCAGCCCACUCCGAAGUCCGCCCUGGUGCCGCCGACCCCGAGCAGCCUCGGCUUCCCCCACGAGACCCCGAGCAGGUACCCGUCGCCGUACCAGGACAGCACGCAGUGGCAGCCGCAGAGCGCGGUGCCGCCCUGGCCGGGUGCUCCGGCGAUGCCGCCGCCCCUGCCGGGCAUGACCCUGCCCAGCGCCGCGGCCACGGGGACGGCCGGCGCGGACGGCUUCCUGGGCGGCUUCUCCGACGGCGCCGCCUUCGCGGCCAUGGCCUCGGCCAUGGCCUCGGCCAUGGCCGCGCCCUGGGCCCCAGCCCCGGCGUGGCCGAUGCCGACGCCGCCCUUCCUGCCGGGCUUCGUGCCCACGGCGCAGGCCCCGUGGGGCGCGGUGGUGCCCGAGGCCGCCCCGCAGGCGGGCGGAGCCGCAGCCGCCGAGGCGGGCCCCGAGGCGGGCGCCGCGGGCGAAGGGCGCGCGGAGUGCAGGAUCUGGCCCGGCCAGGCCAGCCCGGACGGCGAGGCCGCGCUCGGGUCGGCCGUGAGGCUGCGAGGCCUGCCGUUCUCCUCCACGGAGAGCAGGAGGUGCUGGCGUUUUUCGCGCAGUACGGCGCCUCCGACCGCAUCGCCGCUGGCCCCAGCCCGGUCAGCCUCAUCAUGCGCGCCAACGGGCGGCCGUCUGGGCAGGCCGUGGUGCAGAUGCACAGCCGCGCCGACGCGGCCGCCGCACAGCGCCUCCUGGACAGCAAGUACAUGGGGAACCGCUACAUCGAGGUGUUCCUGCACGUGGAGGGCGACCUCGGGCCGGGCGCGGCGGGCGGAGAGGGCGCGGGCAGGGGCGCGCAGCGGCCGGCGUCCGGGGCCCGGGCGCCGGAGGCGCCCGCCGGAGCGCAGCCUCACGCCAGCCAGGCAGCCUCGGCGCAGACCGCGAUGGCGGUCGCCAUGGACACAGCGCCAGCCGCGGCCGUGGCCGUCUGCGGGGACGGCCAGCCAGUGCAGGGGCAGGUGAUGGGGCUGCACGACUUCAGCGCGCCGUUUAAGAUGCCGCAGUGGCCCAUGGAUGCGUGGGGGGCGAUGCCACCGAUGGGGGCCUGCGCAACGAUGCCGGGCAUCGCAGCCGAACCCGCCGUGGGCUCCGACUGGAGCACACUGUUCGCAUCGCUCAGCGGGUCUCCAGACGCCGCACACCUCUGCCCGCCGCUACCGUUGGGCGAGGCCGUGCCUCCAUCUGGACCCCUGGCGGAGGCAGCGGCCGCGUGA